UCAGAUCAAGCUCAAGGACGGUGCGGCUGAAGGCGGUAGCCACAGCAGCACGCUCAAGCUGGGGCAAUUCUGGGAAAUCAUUCGCGACAGCGGCUUGAUCUCAAGGCACGCGCUGCUUUGGCACAUCGACCAAGCCGUGCACGCAGCCCUCAGCCCUAGCGCACUGGUUGCCACGAGAAGGAAGAAGCUAGAGGAGUCGGGCAGGUGGACCGCCAGCCCGCCACACGCGUCCAUGUGCCAUUGCCCCGACGCGGAGAUCCUGUUCCCCCAGUUCUGCGAGUCGCUGGUGCGCAUAGCCCAGAUGAAGUACCGCCACCUAGGCAGCCUGGAGAAGCGCGUGCACAGCCUCCUUAACAACGACGUGCUGCCGAUCAGCGCGGACAGGAACAGAAGGGUGGUAGGGGCGAGAGGGAGGGACGCCGACGCGGAGCUGAUCAC